AUGGAUCCUCACGCACUUCAAGAAGAAGUCCAUGUACCUGUACCUCAACUCCUUGGGAACCUCAAGACAAGGGGGGUGGCAAAAAGAUUCCUUCUGUCACCCAUUGUGGAAGAGGUGAUAGAGAUGGAGGCCAUGAUCGACACUGGUGCAGACAUGACUUUAAUGUCAAACAUCCUGUUCCAGCAAAUACAAACAGCUGUGGCAAAAGUGAACAGGACUGUGCAGAUGGAGAACUGCACCAAAAAGAUUAGAGGCUCUGCACCAGGGGCCACACAGAUCAGAGACAUUGCCCUACUACGACUGGACAUUGGUCCCAUGAGCCUCACUCACCCAGUGCACAUAUCACCGCUGGACACAUUACCUUUCCUUAUCGGCGCAGAUCUGCUGAAGCGUCUUGAACCCCUGAUUGAUUUUCAGCAAUCGAAAAUCUGGGCACAGGUGGAACAACCCUUACCUGUGGGUGGAGCAGACAAGAAAGUCGCCAGCUGCAAGGAGGAGCUUCCUGAGAACAGGGAGAAACAGCUGAGCACGGCGACACAAAGAAUGGGGGAGGAGAUCAAGCUUCUCCAAGCACAGAACCAGAAGCAUGCAGAGGUUGAGGAGCAAAAUCGGAAGCUUGGAGAGGAGAAAAAAGAAAUGGAGCUUCAGAUAGCAGCCCUCCAAGAGCCCAAAAAACAGCUGGAGUCCAUAAUCAAAGACCUCCAGCAGAAAAUAGAAGAAUUGGAGGCCAAAAAUAACAACCUCCAGAAGGACAAAGACGUCCUGGAGCAGGACCAGAAAGUGAUGCAAGAGAAGGUUGAUGUCCUGCUAGAAAAGAACAAGGAAAUGGAGGCGUCGCAGAAACUUCUGGAGAAGGACAACGAGGAUCUCCAGGAGCAGCUG